CUAACCUGUAGACUCGCUGCCAUUAGCUAUCAGCUAUCACACGACGAACCUAUACUAUAUUAGCCAAACUUUGCUACCUACCUAGGUAGGUAGUCUCCAUGAGGCUAUGAGCUAGGGAUAAUGAUCCCGCGGGGUGUGGUGGUUUUGAUGCAUGAUGAGCAGAAGGUGAAGUCUAAGAAAUAUUGUUCCUGGUUCAUUACUAAGCUUUCUAUGCUUUUUGUCGGCCAUCGUCGAGUUCACGACGUAGUAUGUGCGGGAGAAUGAUAUUCUCAGCUGUAGGUAUGCUGAAUAAUGGCUUGAAUUAGAAAGCAUCAAAGGGAGGGUAUGUGUGACAAGUGAGGAACUAUAUGCUUUAUUUGACUUUUUCCCGUAGCUUGGGGGAGAUCUAUAAAGUCGAGAUCAUAUCCCAGGAGUAGGUUGAUGUUUAGAAAAGUUGAUAGAAUCAACUAAUUGCGACAUCCUACUACUAUUUGCUCUAUCAAAAGCUUCAAGUAUAUACUUAUCUACUACUUGGAACUACCUAAGCAGCAGCAAUCUUUUCCAUUGCUAGACAAUAGUAGCAACUAUUGACUUGAUCAAAGAAGUACGUUACCAGUUGAAACCACAGACUCUUCCCAUAACUGAUUUUAAUGUUAGCAGAAAGGAAGAGAGAGAUAAAAAAAAGAGGAAUCUACCACCAUGGCAGCUGCCCCUGACAAAUCCAAGUCUUACUUCCCUCUAGCCGGCGCCGCCAACGAUGGCUGGUCCACGGAGGACGAGGCGACAGCGACCUGUUAUUGCGGUGCAGUCCAGCUCGCAUUCCCUCUCCGCGCCCCCGGCCUCGUCACAACCUUCGUCUGCAACUGCACCGACUGCCGCAAAAUCACUGCCUCCAUGUUCGCGACCAACUUCGUCGUCACCAGCGCCUCCCUGCGGCACCUCCGCGGCGGCCCCAACAACACCCAGCCACAACUAAAAACCUACGGACAAUCAAGCACAAUCGCCUCCGGCCACCGCAUGACGAACUACUUCUGCGCCACCUGCGGCACCCUCAUGUACCGCGUCGGCGCCGGUUUCCCGGGCCAGCAUAUCCUGCGCGUAGGCACGGUGGAUGAUUUUAGCCUGCACGAGACGGUGUUGAGGCCGAGGGUGGAGCAGUUUGUGAAGGAUAGGGUGGGCUGGUUUAUGGGGGCGGAAGGGGUGGGGAGGGUUGAGGGGGGGAGUGCGUUUGUUUCGAGGUUGUGAGGGCUUUUGGUGUGCUUAGGUAUGUAGGAAGGUACCUACAAUGCAUCCAGAGUUUCGGUUGAAUACAUACCUAUGUACUUCUCGUGACGUUUUGUGUAAGGUGAAGGUUGGACAUACAUAUGCAUGGCGUACGGCACGCGGCAUGUGGCAUUAUGGCACAGUACAGUAUAUGAUGAACUUUACAUUUCCAAGGUUCAUAUGAG